AGUAUAAUAGUGAAUCUCCCAUAAUAAUUUAAUAAACAUGCAAAACGACGCCGUAGCCGCCAGCGAUAUAGUAAAGUGGUGCAAAUAUUUCAAACAAAGAAAAAGAAAAAGGAAAUGUGGUGCAAAUAAUAAACAUGCAAAACGACGCCGUAGCCGGAACAAAAAGGGGGAGAAAAUAUCAUAAGGCGCGCUCGAGUCGAAGCGCAGCUGAAGAUGGCGGUUGUUAUGUUGGUUAACCACCAUAAACCUCUGGCUAUAACUGUCCAAUCCCAAUCGCAAAACCCUAGCUUCAAUUCCCGCAAAAUUAACCCCAAUCAAUCCCAUGCCUGGGGGGCUCGCCGUCGCCCCAUAAUCAAUGGACUGAAUGGAGACACAGAAUCCGACCCGAACAAUCCACAAGAUAAGGAAGUGGACAAUUUGGGAGUUAAAGCUGCAUUAUGUGUGCUCAAAUUCUACAAAAGGGAAAUCUCACCUCUCUUACUGAAUAGUUGCCGGUAUGUCCCAACCUGCAGUGAGUACUCAAUGCAAGCUUACAAGAAAUAUGGAUUUGCAAAAGGUUCAGUCUUGACAGCUUGGCGAAUCUGUCGUUGUAAUCCCCUUGGUGGCACUGGAUAUGAUCCUCCUCGAUGGUUCGAAGAGACAAGUUUGCCUGAAGAAGAAUAGAUGAAUUAUGCCAUAUUCCCUGUAUAAGAUUAAAAGUUCUUUCGUUUUUUUAAUACAAACGAUAUUGAGAGGAAAAAUCGAACUAAAACUUCGGUA